AUGCUCACUCAUCACACAGAGAAUCCAUCUCCGUCUCUCUCCUCUCGCAGCCUGAAAGAAUUACAGGCGUCGCUCUCCCGUUUCUCCUCUCUCUCUCUCUCUGCGCGUACGAGCCAAGCGACGAGCUUUAAAGGGGCCGUGGCAGCUUCGACGCCGUCGCGGUUCGUUUUAUGGACUUGCGGAUCAAGGUGGCCCAAGCCGUCCACGUCCUCAACCACGACGCCCAGUCCUGCAACCGGGUCGCCGCCAACCAAUGGCUCGUCCACUUCCAGCAGACCGACGCCGUCUGGGAGGUCGCCACCUCCAUCCUCACCUCCGACCACCUCCGCUCCUCCGAUUUCGAGGUCGAGUUCUUCGCCGCUCAGAUCCUCAAGCGCAAGAUUCAAAAUGAAGGGCACUGUUUGCAGUUAGGGGCUAAAGAAGCCUUGCUUAACGCGCUCCUUGUGGCUGCAAAAAGAUUUAGUUCUGGUCCCCCUCAGCUUUUGACACAAAUCUGCCUUGCGCUCUCAGCACUCAUAGUUCAUGCUGCUGAGCAUGAGAAACCAAUUGAACAGCUCUUUUAUAGUCUCCAGAAUCUGCAGAGUCAGGAUGGUGGCAAUUUGGCUGUACUAGAAAUGCUUACUGUUCUACCUGAAGAAAUAGUUGACAAUCAGAAUGCUGAUUGCCGAUUAAGUGCUGCUUGUAGAAGCCACCAUGGCCAAGAGGUUCAUGAAAAUAUUCCUGAUGGAUUUAGAUCCCUACGUUGUCUCUUACUCUCUUGCUUGGUCUUGAUUUGUUCAUAUCACUUUCUGGACCAGCUUCUUGCACAGACUCCUAUGGUUCUCGAGUUUCUGCUGCAGCAGUCUGAAAAAGGUUUUGAUGGCGUUAUGCAAAUCCCGGAACAAAAUAGAAAAAUCUUACGUUGUUUGUUGAGCUGGGUUCGAGCUGGGUGCUUUUCCGAGAUUCCACAGGGGUCACUGUCUGCACAUCCUCUUCUUAAUGUUGUAUUUAAUUCUUUGCAGGUCUCAUCUUCAUUUGACUCAGCAGUUGAAGUUCUUACUGAACUUAUAACUCGACAUGAGGGGCUACCCCCAGUUUUAUUAUCUAGGAUAUAUUUUCUUAAAGAAAUGCUUCUUCUACCGGCUCUUACCAAUGGAGAUGAGAAAGUAAUCGGUGGUCUCGCGCGCUUACUUUCAGAAAUUGGGCAAGCUGCCCCAGCUAUGAUUGCAGAAGCAAGUGCUGAAGCACUUGCCUUAGCAGAGGCACUAUUGAGCUGCGUCAAAUUUCCAAGCGAGGAUUGGGAGAUUGCAGACUCAACUUUGCAAUUUUGGUCUACCCUUGCAAGUUUUAUGCUAGGCCUUGAUGUGGACAUUGCAAACUUUAGGAAGCACUUUGAAGAUGUUUUUAUUUCUAUAUUCUCGGCAUUGCUUGAUGCUCUUUUAUUGCGUGCUCAGGUUGACGAAUCUACAUGCAGUGAUGAUAGUGGAGUGGUUGAUCUACCUGAUGGCCUUGUCCAAUUCAGGAUGAAUCUUGUUGAACUCUUGGUGGAUAUUUGUCAGCUUUUAGGAUCUACUGCGUUCAUGCAAAAGAUCUUUUGCGGUGGUUGGAUGUCAGUGAAUAUACCACCACCAUGGAAGGAGGUGGAAGCCAAAUUGUUUGCCCUCAAUGUGGUUUCUGAAAUGAUCCUUCAAGAAGGCCAAAGCCCGGACUUCUCCGCAAUUAUGCAGCUAGUGAUAGCAUUAUCAGCCAGACCUUCUGCUGAGCUGAAGGGCUUUAUAUGCCUUGUUUACAGAGCACUUGCAGACAUUAUUGGGUCCUAUUCCAAGUGGUUGUCUGCUUUCCAAUCAAAUGCAAGGCCAUUAUUAUUAUUUCUUGCAACAGGCAUAUCAGAACUUCCAUCAUCCAAUUCUUGUGCUUGCGCCCUUCGUAAAUUUUGUGAAGAUGCUUCUGCAGUCAUUUAUGAACAAUCCAAUUUGGAAAUUUUGAUGUGGAUUGGAGAGGGUUUGGAAAAGAGACAUCUGCCUUUGGAAGAUGAGGAAGAGGUUGUAAGUGCGAUUAGCUUAAUCCUCAGCUCACUACCUAACAGAGAGUUGAAGAAUAAUCUGUUGACUAGAUUGCUCUCUGCUAGUUAUGGCGCCAUUAGUAAACUUAUUAGUGAAAACGGCAACCAUGCUCAGAGACGAAAUCCAGCAACUUAUGCACAAACUUUGUCCUCUGCCACCAGAGGGUUGUACAGGAUGGGAACUGUGUUCAGUUAUCUUUCAACACCUCAUCCAAAUGGACCUGCCGACGAUGAUCCAAUACUCGCACUACUACGGGUGUUUUGGCCUAUUUUGGAGAAAUUGUUUAGCUCUCCUCACAUGGAGAAUGGUACCUUGUCCACUGCAGCUUGCCGAGCUCUCUCACAGGCGAUUCAGUCCUCAGGGCAGCAUUUCUUCACUCUAUUACCCAGCAUAUUAGACUGCCUUUCAGCAAAUUUUUCAAUGUUCCAAGAUCGAGAAUGCUUCAUAAGAACAGCUUCUGUUGUCAUUGAGGAAUUUGGCCAAAAGGAAGAGUAUGGACCUCUAUUUGUCACCACUUUUGAAAGAUUUACUCAGGCAGCGUCAGUGAUGUCGCUGAACUCAUCCUACAUAUGUGACCAAGAACCCGAUUUAGUGGAGGCCUACAUGAACUUUGUGUCAACAUUUAUCCGAGGACUGCAUAAGGAUGUACUGGCUGUGUCUGCUUCUUCUCUUCAAGUUUCCUUCCAAAAGGCAGCAAUAUGCUCCACAGCUAUGCAUCGUGGUGCAGCUCUAGCUGCAAUGUCAUAUCUAUCUUGUUUCCUGGAGGAGGCUUUGACCUCUUUAACGGAAACAAUAACUUGUGUGCCUGAGGAGCCCUUUAAUGCCAUGGUCAUUCGUGUUGCAUGUCAUUGUGGUGAGGGACUUGUAUCAAACCUUUUCUAUGCUCUGCUUGGAGUUUCUGCGAUGUCAAGGGUUCACAAGUGCGCCGCAAUCUUGCAACAGGUGGCCGCAAUUUGCAGCUUAAGCGAAAGGACACCCUGGAAGGCAAUUCUCAGUUGGGAUUCUUUGCAUGCAUGGCUCCAAGCUGCGGUACGAGGUCUUCCAGUAGAGUAUCUUAAACCGGGUGAGUCAGAAACUCUGGUCCCGCUUUGGUUAAAGGCGCUUGCUGGCGCAGCGUCUGAGUGUCUUGACAAUUGGAGCUCUGAUGGGGUUAAGAGUAAUUGUGGGCAUAUGCAAGGAAAGAGAGGGAGAGUGUUAAAACGUUUGGUACGAGAAUUCGCCGACAAUCACCGUAACCUUCCAAAUUUGACAUGAUUGCUCACACACCGAAUCGAAUACAUUGAGCGCAACCUACCCAGCCUCAAGCUGGCUUCUGCUGCCUUCCAUCGCUGAUGCAGCAUGUACACACUACUGUAAAUUGAUGGAUGUUAGCGAAGCAUGGUCCUGUGGUCAUUACCGGGAGGUUCAUUAUUUAAGGGAUUCCCCUGUUUUCUAUCGAUUCUUCGGCAUGUCAUUCCCAGAAAGCUAUAUUUGUACAGCACAAUAGCGCAGUCUUUAGGGUCUCGAAGAGUCUAAGAGAGGAUAAUCUUCUUGUUUGUAGUUUUGUUUUCCUUUUGGCAGAGGGUAGGAGCGGGAGUCUACACAAUUGUCAUGGUUCGAGCAUAUUUUAGCCUUAGAAUGUAAAAGGGAUGGCUAGCGGUUUCAGAUGAAAUUUUGUUAUGUAUAGUCCGGUGAUUCACAGAAUUUUCACCAGUUU